AUAAUGCCUCUCUGGCUUUAUAUAAGCGCAUCAGGUUUAAUUCCUCUAUGGCUUUAUACUGCCUCUCUGCCGAUAUGAGCUUUGUGUCUUGCAUGUUGUGCAGAAAAUCAGGUGUAAGAAGCAUUCAGCCGAUCAAAGCCACAGUUACUGCAGCCCCCCCUUCUGUUCCAAAAUCGUCAAGUGGAGGAAAGACAAAGGUGGGCAUACACGGUUUUGGCCGUAUUGGGAGGCUAGUCUUGCGCAUUGCUACUGCCAGAGAUGAUAUUGAAGUUGUUGCUGUGAAUGAUCCAUUUAUUGAUGCAAAGUACAUCAUGUAGGGACCUCACCGUUUCGACCUCCGAUCACGAAGCAUUCGCCGGGUUCUCCGCGAGCUCCGUGAGAGCUCUCAAGAUCUCCAAUUCGCCGUUGAUUCUGCGGAGACCACGAAAUGCACAUCUCAAGAUCCUGAGAUCCGAUGAGUGCCUUAUUGCAAUCAAAACUUCUUUGAAUGACCAAUUCACGCAGAUUUGGAGAGGAGUUUGUUUUCUUCUUCGUGUUUUAUGUCUUGAACUAAUGGCUUCUCCCGGUUAACACCUCCAUCAGUGGUGCUCUUCACAAAUCCAAGGUCAAUCCCAAAACUCGCACGGCGCUUCUCUUCCUUUGCUGAUUUUAGUGCUGUUUGGUGAAAUUGAGCUUCAAUUUUUGAUCCCGUAUCCCCAAGAACCUAGUUUCGACAAUGGAUCUAAAGAGAUCACCAUAGAUCCUGGUACAAUCCCUUGAUUCAUCUUCAUAAUUCAUACCUGUAAAGGAGUUUUAAAAGAUGUAUAGAUGUAAAAGUGAUUUGCAUCUGCAAAAUACAUGAUUUUUAGUGAGCGAGUGUAGAGAAAAAGAGGUAGUGGGCCUUUGGAUCCAUAUAACUUAUGGGCCUUCAAAUUGGUUGAUAUUGUUACUAUACACAUAUCUAGUUGUAAUUUCUAAUAUAUAUGUUUCUUUUGUCCAAAACCAUAACAUAUAUUACUUCAGUAAGGCACCAUAAUCACAUAGUAGUGUGAUGGGAGACUCUGCUUGUAGUAUGCUUAUCGAUGCCCUCAAUAAUCUUAAACAUGGAUAAAUAUGGUGAC